AUGCAGCGAUUUGUGAAGUUUCCUAGCAAUCUUGAGACAAUCAAAGAACAAUUUUACAGCAUAGGAAGCUUUCAUGGUAUUAUCGGUGCCAUUGAUGGAACUCAUAUACCAAUUCAAAAUCCUGGUGGUUCUUAUGCGGAAGUAUUCAGGAACCGCAAAAAAUAUUUUUCAAUAAAUGUACAGAUUGUAUGUGGACCUGACCUACAAAUAUAUGACAUUGUCGCUGAUCGACCUGGUUCAGUACUUGACAACCGAAUUUUCUAA